ACUAACAAGUGCCUGCGUGAAACAUGCGAUAAAGCCAAACAUGGCAACGAACAUUUACCGGCUUUUGGUCUUUUACCUGAUGAUCAUCUUGGCGCUCACCCUUCCCCAGAACGAGAACAGAGGUAGAAAAUUAUUCGGCGGCUACCGGAUAGUCCCCAAAGUAUGUCAGCCAACGAAUCCCUCGAGACUAAAAUCCACCGAGCCACCAAUAUGCAUGUUCAAUUACGAAUGCAACAGGAGAAACGGAGAAGUAGUGGGUGCCUGUAUGGAUGGAUUCUUAUUCGGCGCUUGCUGUCAGUUGCCCCCGGCGAAAACAACCUCACCAUCCGGCGCAACAUUCCACACAGUCUCAACCCCCUCAUUUGAAGAAAUUCAGGAAAUUGAUCACGUCCCGGAGGUGCCAAUUCUAUUAAAACCGGAUGGAACUCCAGUCGAUACAAACGACCAAUCUAACACAAAGCAAACCGCAUCAACACCAUCAGGCUCCUCGACCACAUCCCAAAUGGCUGAAUUGGAGCAAAACUUCCCCGCUCUCCUUGGCCAGCAGGCGGUCCUCGACGACCUUUCACUGCCAGGUCUCCUGACACAUUCAAACAACAAUGAUGUACAGGAUCACCAGGGCACAGCGGCUGUAAACCCGGUGACAACCCUUCUGAGCCCCGACCAGGUCCUUCAGAUCGCCGAUCCCGUGGACCAAUUACCCGCGCUAUUUUCGCAAGGAAUAGGACAAAAUAAUCACUCAGGUGCUGAGACAGUGCUCCUCCACAAGAACGGAACAGUUCUUGGAAACGAAGAAGUCAAUUUCGAGCAAUUAUUCAACCCAGUGAACAGAAGCACACUGUCACCAUCGACCCCUGUCACCGAGCGGACAUCAAGCAGUACAAAAAAGAUGUCAGGACCAUUCCACUACAUGAACACGCAGAGGGUGUCUGGAACGACCCAAACAAGCACAGUCGGUCUCGUGCGAGUACCAACAAUCAGCCAUGAAAAUCCAACUGGCAUCAAAAAGCACGACAACAUGGAUCGUGAGAAAAUAGCGAUAAGUCACAUAAUAUCGAUUCUAAACGGCAGUAAUCCUAGCGCUCCUGUGGAUCCGCCGCGCGUCACGACUCAGCAGGUGGAAUCGACCGACCGCACGUCAUCAGUUCACACUUGGGUCACGAUCGAGGACACGUCACUCCCCACCACCAGCGCUGACACUUUUUCGUAUACAUUCUACAAACCCUCGACGAAGCCACCGAAUUUCUAUUAUUACGACACCAGUUCCUCGACCACUUCCUUCAAGAAGGGGACGACGAAGCCACCGAGCUACUCUAGUUACUCUCCAAGCUAUCCGUCGAGUUCCAGCACGUACAACAGCCCCUCCGUGAGCUACGGGAGUUCAUCAGGAGGCUACCACUCCACUAGACCCACUACUAAUCCCCCGGCGCCCACCGUCAUCGUUCUAGGUCCUCUUGGCACUGAGUUCACGACUAUAACGAGCCCCAAACCCCUCACAAAAAGACCCACUCCAUCGUCCAUCAAACAUAGCAUCGUCACCAAACAACCCAACAUUGGAACAGAGAUCACCCACAACAUCAGCACCGUUAUCUCGACAUCACCAGGUGUAUCAGGUACCAGCAACAUCAUCUCCACAAGCUACAUCAAUGUUGAUUUGAAGGAGAAGCCAAGCUCUCCAUCCACUGUGGCUGAACUCAUCACGAAAAAGCCGACAACCUCGACAACUGUGUCAACGUGGCCGAGCACACCGAGCUUUUAUUUGAAACCUGACAACCCUGAUUUUCAGUGGCCCACAGAGAACCUGACGCCAGUGCAGACGGUGGAGUCUAAACCCAUCUCCACGAAGAAGCCGGUCAGUCCAGGGAUUUCUACCACCAAUUGCGAUGAGGUGACCGCACCUCCGGACGAUCUGUCAGCAUUUCCUCCCGAUCGUAAUCCGAGUUUAACGGAUUCAGCGCCCAGUUCUCAACAGGAGAAACCAACAAUUGUCGAGGGUUUUAAUAAUACUGGGUAUCCGGGAUAUCUGGGGAGUGAAAUUGUCAGUGAUAACGAGAUACCAACCCCCAGUUUCAUCGAGGAUGAAGUCUUGAAGAACAAAGUCGACGAUUUAGUUAAUAAGAUUGUGGAUUCACUCCAGGGAGAUUUUCAAAAUCUUGAAGAUGUUGUUUAUAGGAGGAAGAAUGCAACUUUAGCGACGACAGUGGCACCAACGAAGAAACCGGUGAGUACGAAAAGACCUGUCGGACCAGGGAGUACGAAGAGACCAUCAAAGAAACCCAGCAGCAAACCUGGAGCUAGUACUGUGAAACCUGUUAGGGCUAAACCCAGCACAGUUUCCAGUAAUGAAACCACGAGAAAACCCACUAACAAACGACCCAGACCCACUAAAAAAGUUACCACUCAAGCGAGCGUAAGUGUCACCACUCUUGCGGAUACCGUAACGCAUUCUAUUGUGGCGGAGCUCAAUGUAGUGCAGACUACCAAGAGGCCCAGCACGACACCGGAUUAUCGUAGAGAGUGUGGUGUGAGGCCUUUAAUACGCGCAGGUAGGAUUGUCGGUGGGAAGGGCGCGACCUUUGGCGAAUGGCCAUGGCAGGUACUCGUCAGAGAAUCCUCCUGGCUCGGGUUGAUGACUAAGAACAAAUGCGGUGGUGUACUCAUUACGGAUAAAUACGUCAUCACAGCUGCCCAUUGUCAACCCGGGUUCUUAGCUUCCUUGGUAGCCGUCUUCGGUGAAUUCGAUAUUUCCGGUGAAUUAGAGCCACGAAGAAGUGUUACGAGAAAUGUACGCCGAGUGAUCGUUAACCGUAAAUAUAACCCGGUGAACUUUGAAAACGACUUGGCGCUAUUAGAACUGGAAUCACCAGUUCAAUUUGAUGCACACAUUGUGCCUAUUUGUAUGCCAGAGGAUAAUGCUGACUUUACAGGACAAAUGGCCACUGUAACCGGCUGGGGACGCGUCAAAUACAACGGUGGUGUACCAUCUCUCCUGCAAGAGGUACAAGUGCCCGUGAUGGAGAAUUCCGUUUGUCAGGAGUUAUUCACCACAGCUGGACAUAAUAAAAAAAUCAUCGAGAGUUUCCUAUGUGCGGGCUAUGCCACGGGAGAGAAAGAUUCCUGCGAGGGUGACAGCGGUGGACCCCUGAUGAUGGAGAGACCCGACGGCAGGUGGCAACUCGUUGGCACUGUUUCACACGGAAUUAAAUGUGCAGCACCUUUUCUACCUGGUGUCUACAUGAGAACGACGUACUUCAAACCCUGGCUCCACAGCAUCACUGGAGUGUGAAGACACACGUUAUGACGGAAAACCAAUGAUAAACGAGUUAUUGGAGAAUUGAAAUGGAGGACUGAGAGCUUCGUGUCUUCCCUCAUCUAGCUCUGUAUAAAUUGUACAAAGGAGACAAUGAUGUUUAUCUAAAUUAUUUAUGAACACAGAGAAAAUUGAAUGUUUCAUUUUCAGGAACAUGUCACCGAUUUUUUGGGAAUUAUUGGUGAUACUGGACACUUACUAGAAUAAUCCUGAUCACAAGUGGUUUCAAUCACUGGAAUUGGGUGAUAGAGUCUUAAAAAUUAAGGAUUAAUCCCUGAAAAUCAAAACUUUUCUUUUCUCGGUGAAGGAAUAUUCCUUAAAUAACUGGACCAAUAUUCUACUGUAAUGAUCUUUUGCAGUCAAGUAGUAAAAUGAGAUGAGUCAAUUAUUAGAUGAACAAAAUAAUUGUUGACCUCUAGAUUAAAUCGGCCAUAGCAUCUGUUUGAAACCCCUCAGUCUAAUAGGAAUCUUGCAUGAAACUCAAUUCUUUCUAAUUCCCCGAUUCACACAUUCCUCGUAACAUAUGGAUAGCUAAACAGCGAAAAUUAUGGAGAA